CCAUCAUCAGUUUCUCGGCAGGUUCGGUUGAAUUCCUGCGCCCUGUGGAAGGCUGAGCUGGCCUCUUCACCAUUUCCGACAUGACCUUGGCAACCUGGUCCCUUCCCCGCCAUUUUGCACUCUCUCCCUCGCUGAGUCUGACCGAGCUUGCUAUUCUACAUGUAGGUUGGGCCUGACAGCCUCAUUGGGCCAUUGUGACACAGCUACGACCACGCACCAGAUCUCUUCUGUUGGCAGCUGCUAUCCCCUUCUUUGUUUUACCAUCGCAUCCACAGGCAUCUUCUCUGAACAUGGAUAACCCGACGUGGGAUUGGUCCUCGGUUGGGGACAGCUCAUCCCACCAACCUCAACCCGACGCGACUUCGGAACCGACGCACCGCCGACCGCCGCCAGCCCAGCCAGAGCAGCCGCCGCGUCCUGAGCCUCGAGCUGCGCCGAAUGGCAGACAGUACGGUCCUCGCACAUGUCGCAUCUGCUUCGACACGGAGAACCCCAAGUUUCCGACCGAAACUGCCAGCACUUUUGGACUCCCCGCCUCGACUCGGCCCACAUACGCUUCUGAUGACCCAGAGCUAGGACGACUGCUUUCACCAUGCAAGUGUAAGGGAUCGCAAAAAUAUGUCCACGAGGGUUGUCUCAAUGCUUGGAGACUAGCAAACCCUACUGAAGCAAGGAACUACUGGCAAUGUCCGACUUGCAAGUUCACGUACCGAAUCUCGCGCCUCAGCUGGGCGUCUGCCCUGAGCAGCAAAUGGGCACAGUUCGCCCUCACGUUUGUGAUUCUCGUGCUGGGCAUCUUUGCCCUUGGUUUCGUCGCCGACCCGUUGUUCGAUCUUUGGUCCGACCCCAUUGGGACCAUCGGCGAAACUGUCACAAGCGUGGUAUCAGAUAUUGAGGCCUUGAAACAGCCCCCGUACCAAGAGCCUACAUCGUGGGCGGAGCACUUUGUCAAGGGCUUUUUUUCCCUCGGCAUUGUCGGGCUGGCCAAAUCCAUGUUAGCAAUGUCGCCCUGGCACUGGUGGAACCUUCGAAGCAGUGGUCUUAUGAAUACUACUGGCAGACGACAGGGAACUGGAAGGGCGCGAGUUGAGAACAUCAGCCUGAUCUUUGUUGUCAUCGGGGCUUUUACCUUUUUGAUGGGUAUCUGGAAGGUCGUCAAGGCUCUCAGCGCCCGUGUACUCAGCAACAUCAGUGACAGGGUUGUCGACGUGGAUGAGGACGACAAUGACGACUGAGUCAUUCACGAGUCCCAUCAAGAGUAAGAAAGAACAAUGAUGAUCGCUUUGUUAUGGUUUCCGCGAGAGCAGAUGCUCAACCGUGUGCUCACUCGAUGAAUGUUAUGCACACUCUUAAGUUGCCUCGAACUCGCUCCUCCGCGUCAAGUCAACUAGUCUGUGUGCAAAGAUUUACGCUCUGCUUCGCCUUGACUAAGGACCGUUUUGGUUCCUUACUCGUCGGCCUGUAUGAGAUUAUCAGUCACAAGCUACGCUUCUGGAUUCCUUCGGGCGUCCAAGAGCGAAUUCGGGUAUCUGCUAGGUACACACCAGUACAAAGCUGUAAGCAGACUGCCCAGUGAAUGCCUGAUACAUUCUAUUUCGAGAAUAAUACACCAUGUUACCGAUAUCUCAGUGUUGUCUUGCGCUCGUGCCACAUUGACCUUCGCGUCCAUGGGCUUCCCCUGGUUGUGGUAACAAUUACGCCUCAUCUAAAUUGUCUCAAUAUAAAC